AUGCACGAGGUAGUGCACUCGCACUGGUUGGAGGUCUACUCGUCGAGCGAGUCGGCAGGCAGACACCACACAGAGACCAAGGCCAGGGCGUGUCAGGGACCACACAGCCACACAGAGACCAAGGCCAGGGUGUGUCAGGGACCACACAGCCACACAGAGACCAAGGCCAGGGUGUGUCAGGCACCACACAGCCACACAGAGACCAAGGCCAGGGUGUGUCAGGCACCACACAGCCACACAGAGACCAAGGCCAGGGUGUGUCAGGGACCACACAGCCACACAGAGACCAAGGCCCGGGUGUGUCAGGGACCACACAGCCACACACAGACCAAGGCCAGGGUGUGUCAGGGACCACACAGCCACACAGAGACCAAGGCCAGGGUGUGUCAGGGACCACACAGCCACACAGAGACCAAGGCCCGGGUGUGUCAGGGACCACACAGCCACACAGAGACCAAGGCCAGGGUGUGUCAGGGACCACACAGCCACACAGAGACCAAGGCCAGGGUGUGUCAGGGACCACACAGCCACACAGAGACCAAGGCCAGGGUGUGUCAGGGACCACACAGCCACACAGAGACCAAGGCCAGGGUGUGUCAGGGACCACACUGCCACACAGAAACCAAGGCCAGGGUGUGUCAGGGACCACACAGCCACACAGAGACCAAGGCCCGGGUGUGUCAGGGACCACACAGCCACACAUACACCAAGGCCAGGGUGUGUCAGGGACCACACAGCCACACAGAGACCAAGGCCAGGGUGUGUCAGGGACCACACAGCCACACAGAGACCAAGGCCAGGGUGUGUCAGGGACCACACAGCCACACAGAGACCAAGGCCAGGGUGUGUCAGGGACCACACAGCCACACAGAGACCAAGGCCCGGGUGUGUCAGGGACCACACAGCCACACAGAGACCAAGGCCAGGGUGUGUCAGGGACCACACAGCCACACAGAGACCAAGGCCAGGGUGUGUCAGGGACCACACAGCCACACAGAGACCAAGGCCAGGGUGUGUCAAGGACCACACAGCCACACAGAGACCAAGGCCCGGGUGUGUCAGGGACCACACAGCCACACAGAGACCAAGGCCAGGGUGUGUCAGGGACCACACAGCCACACAGAGACCAAGGCCAGGGUGUGUCAGGGACCACACAGCCACACAGAGACCAAGGCCAGGGUGUGUCAGGGACCACACAGCCACACAGAGACCAAGGCCAGGGUGUGUCAGGGAUCACACAGCCACACAGAGACCAAGGCCAGGGUGUGUCAGGGAUCACACAGCCACACAGAGACCAAGGCCCGGGUGUGUCAGGGACCACACAGCCACACAGAGACCAAGGCCCGGGUGUGUCAGGGACCACACAGCCACACAGAGACCAAGGCCAGGGCGUGUCAGUGA